AUGACAAUGAAAUACUCUUAUCCCCCGACGUCAAUUUCUUCCUCUUCUUCCUCGCCAACAGCGCUGGUGACGAAGUCUCCUCUUAUUCUCCUUGGGGUUUCGGCCAUCCUCAAUGCUCUAUUUUUGUACACCUGGUACUUCCAGUUUCCCGAGUGCAAGAGUGACUGGAAGCUAUACUCACCAGCACAAGAUGUCGCUUCGUACCAUCCCGUAAAAUUCAACCCUGGCUUUGCUUGGGACAUGCCCAUCUACGAACAAGUACCCACAGACGAAGUAGAUCAAGCUUGGGCAGAACUAUACCAAUACACUGUCAGUCGAGUCUCAAAAUCAGAGGCGAUGGAGAUGACCAAUCGCACUUAUCCUAUGCCUCACGAAGAAGGCUAUUAUAUGAGCGGACUGGACGUGUUCCACCAGCUACACUGCCUGGACAUGGUACGAAUGUCGCUGCACCCGGAACGCUAUCCAGGCGUCGACUCUCCACUCAGGAAACUACACGUCGCGCACUGCUUGGGCCAUGUUCGCCAGGCGCUGAUGUGUGCGGCAGAUAUCACUCCCAUCUCGUGGCAGUGGAAUGAACAAGCACAGGUUGUGAGGCGGCGGGAUGAUGUUGUGCAUACGUGCCGGAACUUUGAGGCUAUACAGGAAUGGGCCAAGGAAAGAUACGUUUCGAUUACUGACGAUGAAUUGAAAGUGUACAUUAAUGACGGGCUAGAGUAA